CAGAAGCAGACGCUUUUCUUAGAAGCAGAUACGGGUUACACUGCCCAUGGCAUAACGGCAACCCCUGCACGGGGACACGUGGCUGCCAAGGAUAGCUGUAAGCCAAUACCAUCCUUCUGGGCAAAACCAGCAGGUGUGCUCAGUAGCAGAGAGAAAACCUGGGAAUUUGUCGGAUCAUGCAUUCAGGAGGCUGGGAUCUUAUCAAUCAGGUCCUGAAGAACUAACAGAUGACAACUCAUCAGAAUACAACAGGGGGGUUUAUUGCACCCAAGCUGGAAUUAUCUCAAGGAUACCACAGGGCUGGACAAUGAACAACAGCACUGAGUGCCAUGAUGAUCACACCCUGGAUAAGUAUUUGUUUCCAUUUGUGUACAGCAUUGUGAUGAUGAUCAGUGUUCCCAUCAACUGCAUAUCCCUCUAUGCAUCUUGCAUUCAGGUGAGGAAAAAGAAUGAGUUAGCAGUCUACAUCUUUAGCCUGUCCCUGGCUGACCUUUUGUACUCUUUGAUUCUGCCUCUGUGGAUUGACUAUGCCUGGCAUGGAGAUGACUGGAGGCUCUCUGCCUUGCUUUGUAAGAUUUUUGCCUUCCUUACGUAUAUGAAUUUCUACACCAGCACUGCGUUCCUUGCUUGCAUCUCUCUCGACAGGUACCUGGCAUUAGUUCACCCCCUGAAGCUCCAGUACUUGCGCACAAGAAGGUUUUCAUUGAUUGUCAGCAUAAUUGUUUGGCUUCUGGAAAGCAUCUUUAAUUCAGUCAUACUGAUCAAUAAAGAAGUAUUCAGUGAUCCUUGCAAUUUCACCAAUCAUACAUUAUGCUAUGAUAAUUACCCCCUGGAAAGGUGGCAGGCAAACAUAAAUUUAUUCCGAAUAUGCUCAGGAUACUUGGUCCCUUUGAUAAUCAUUGUGUUUUGCUACCAUAAAAUCUACCAAGUAGUGAGGUAUAACCAAGCCACAGUGGACGAAGAAAAGAAAAGAGUGAGGAAACUUAUUCUGAACAUCACAGUUAGUUUCAUUGUUUGCUUCACUCCUUAUCAUGUUGUGUUGCUUAUCCGCAGUAUCAGCGAACCUUCUGCCUCUGAUCCACAUCUUUUGUUGUCGAUGUAUAAGGUUUACAGAAUCACACAGGCCUUAACAAGUUUGAACUGCAUUGCAGAUCCCAUUCUGUACUGCUUUGUGAGUGAAACUGCACGAACAGAAAUAGUGAAUUUGCUCAGAUGCUGCUUGUGCCUACGAAAGCGUGAGGAGGACCAAGUGAAAGAACGUGCUCUGUGCAGUUCUGCUACAAAAAACACUGCAGUCAUCACCUACAGAACUUCCUGUGAAACACAGAGUGUCAAAAUUUCCUGAAUGAGCACAUGCAAAGGAAAACUGGAGAACCUAAAAGGAAAAGAAAGAAAAAUUCUUCUGCAGUCUGUACCUAGGAAAUGCCCCAAAAGUCAGAGAUACCAGUCUAAGCAAAACCAGUAGCUGGAGCUGAUAAGAACUUACUAUAGGGUCAAUGAAAUCAAUGGAUUAUCAACAUUAAAUCAUAUAUGGUAUAUAAAUGAGUGACGACAAACAAACGCACAAUCAAGAAGGAUGGCUGUGACAUGCUGACAGAAUUACUGAGGAUCCUCCACAGAACAGUCUCCUGUUGCAGCUUGCUAGCCAGCCUGCUGCAAUGUACUAAGUGGUAAAUUUCUCUGUAAUUUCAUGGUGUUUUUUUAUGCUGCUAUGAUGGUUCUUGUGUUUCAUUAAAGACUCAAAUUCUUCUUUAGCAUA